UUUUACUUUCUCUUCCUCUCUUUCGUUCGUUCGGCUUUGUUCCUUCGCACGAGUGUAAAUUUUUCACGAGUUCUUCAUCCUCGCCGUUCGACUUUGCUCCUUCGACGAUAUUACCUUCCUGUUCUGUUGGAUCGGAAGUUACGACAUUUUUUUUGAUCUGAAGCAACAACGGGAGCUCGCUUGCUGUGAAGUCCCAUCUUGCAGCGGAUAGAAGGAAAAUGACGGAGUCGGAAGUCAAAGCUACUCAUACUAAGAAAAAGAAAUCAAAGAAGAGGCUAAAAGCAGAUUUAGAUUGUUCCACUGGAGAGAAACAUGUCAAUACUGAAGGUGAAAUGCAAGAGUUGGAUGCUGAGCUUGACAUGAGUGGGCCCACCAUGGCAGAAAAACUUGCAAGUCUUGAAUUGCUCAGUGACAGUGGUGCAAAAAAUGCUUCUGAGAAGGAAUCACUUCCCUCUACAAACAUUCCAAGUGUUGAUUCCGUACAUGUUUUGUUGAAGCAAGCAAUUCAUGCUCAAGAUUAUGCAUUGCUGGUGAACUGUUUGUCCACGACUGAUGAAAAGGUUAUCACAAAGUCAACUGCACUUCUAAAUCCCUCAGAUAUUCUCAAGUUUUUGAAAUCCCUUCUAUCUAUGAUUGAAUUAAGAGGUACAGUUCUGGUACGUGCACUUCCAUGGCUAAGAAGUCUUCUUUGUCAACAUGCUAGUAGCAUAGCAUCACAGGAAUCGUCCCUGCUUAUUCUGAACUCUUUGUACCAGCUUAUUGAAUCAAGAACUUCAACAUACCAGUCUGCUCUUCAAUUAUCGACAUGUCUGGAUUGUCUAUUUGCUGAACUACCUGAAGCUGAAGAGAAUGCUUCUCCAGUGGUAAUCUAUGAGGAUAGUGACAGCGAUGAAGAAGAAGAAUCUGAGAAUACAAUGGACAUUGACGAAGAAAAUGAGGGGCUCGGGGCUGUGAUUCAGAAUUCUGAUGGAAGUGAUGUCGUCAGUGAUUGAG